AUGAAUGUGAGCAGAGACAAGGUCGGUGACAUCUCCAUCCCGGCAGCGGCGGCGGCGGCGGUGACAGCCCCCGCGGGCGGCAUCGGCGGGGAGCCCCGGGGCGGCUGCCACGGGGAAGGCAUGGACGGCCGCGGGGAGCAGCGGCUCUCGGCCGGCGGCGAGCUGCCGCUCUACUGCCCUGCCAAUCGGGACAGGCAAGGGGACAGCCAGAGCAACACCCCCGGACAAGAGGGGGCAGUGGCCGCGCUGCCCAUGGUGCACAGAACCACCUCCUUCUCCGUGCUCGACAUCCUGGACCCUAACAAGUUCAACAGCAAGCGGCGGCAGUGCGCGGGCUUGUACAAAUCGGCGGGCACCGAGAUCACGCUGGGGGCGGAGGAUAAGCCCGAGGACUCAGGGACGGAGCUGGCCGAGCAAAAGGCUCUUGCCGAAGAUUUCGACGCGUGUAAGAAGUCCGCAGAGCUGAUCAAGGACGGGGAGCUCUACAAGGCCGAGGAGUGCGACCUGGACUACAGCAGCCGGCCGAGCCGCAGCCCCGACAGCGAGCUGCAGGACGACGAGGAGCUGUGCAGCGAGGAGAGCGGCAGCACCAGCGGCAGCAGCGGCAGCUCCGGCCCCGCGGCGCCCGGAGAGGCCGAGCCGGGCCCGCUCCGAGCCGAGGCGGCCGAGGCGGGGCUCCCCGGCCCGCAGGCCAAGCCCAAGAGGAAGCGGACGGGCUCGGACUCCAAGUCGGGCAAGCCCCGGCGGGCGCGGACAGCCUUCACCUACGAGCAGCUGGUGGCGCUGGAAAACAAGUUCAAAUCCACGCGGUACCUGUCGGUGUGCGAGCGCCUCAACCUGGCGCUGUCGCUCAGCCUCACCGAGACGCAGGUGAAGAUCUGGUUCCAGAACCGCCGCACCAAGUGGAAGAAGCAGAACCCGGGCGCCGACACCAGCGCGCCCACGGGCGGCGGCGGCGGCGGCGGGGCGGGGGCCGGGCUGGGCGGCGGGGCCCUGCCGGGCGGGCUCAGCCCCCUCAGCCACUCGCCGCCCAUGGGCGCCCCGCUCUCCAUGCACGGCCCCGGCAGCUACGCCGGGCACCCGGCCGGAGGGCUGGUCUGCGCUGCCCAGCUGCCCUUCCUGCCCAGCCCCGCCGUCCUCUCGCCCUUCGUGCUGGGCUCCCAGACUUACGGCGCUCCGGCGUUCUACACCCCGCACCUAUAA